AUGGGCGACCACGUCCUCUUCUUCUAUGGUACAUUAAUGGCCCCCCAAAUAUUACACCGCGUAAUCCAUGGCUCGCCUACACCCCAACAAUGGCAGAAAGACCUCAUCCAGUUUCGGCCCGCAAUCUUACACGACUACCGCAGACACCGCGUACGGUACGCCGACUACCCAGGGAUAAUACAAGCGUCUUUGCUUGGGUCAAACCCCUCAACGGCAGAGGAAAAGGAGCCGAGGCCGUCCGGUGCAAGUGUCCUGGGUACGGUAGUCUCGGGCCUAACGGAUGGGGACUUGCACAGGCUGGAUAUCUACGAGGGGUCCGAAUAUUCGCGGGAGCAGGUAUCCGUGCGAAUACUGAGGGAGGCGUUGUCCGAGGAUAAUCUGGACGGGGGUGAGGAUGCGGAUAGACAUUUGAAGGAUGUGUUGGAGGCGGCGGGGGCGGAGUUUGCGGAUGAAGGGGAGGAGGUUGAGGCCGAGACGUAUGUGUGGAUUUCUGGGAGGGAGAUGUUGGAGGAUGCGGAGUGGGAUUUUGAGGCCUUCAAAAGGGAUAAGAUGGCGUGGUGGGUUGCGGCGGAUGAGAGUGAGUGGUAA